AUGACCUUCCAGUCCACAAAAACAAUAAAAGCCAAAGAAGAAACCUUGGAUAUGCCAAUGCAGAAGCUGGACGCAGUCGAGCGAAGGAAACUACAGAACCGUCUUAACCAGCGGGCCAGCCGAAAAAGACGGGCACUGCAAAAUGAAAAGGAGAACAAGGACCAUCGCAAGUGGAUCGUCUACAUAGAAAAAGCAGAAUGCCAUCCAGCCGUCACCCAAGGUAUCGCAAAGAAGAAUGCCACCCAGUCAAGUCAGGCACCGCCUACACAACGUCACUGCACCGACGAACUCUCAUUCUGCGCUGCGAGACGCACCCUGCGAUAUGAAUUUUGGUAUCAACUCGAAGCGCGGGUCCUAGACGCCGCCAUCAACCUAGUGCAAUCGCCGGCCCUACUUCCGGCCGUGAUGCAAUAUAAUAUUAUCUGGGCCAUGCUCACCAAUGCUACGAGCAUGGGCAUCACCAAGGAUCUUCUCGACGAGGAUAUUGCGUCCCAGUUCAACAUCCCCGGUCCCAUGAAGACGCUACACCUCCCGCCCAGCUUGGUCCCGACUCCUUCACAAAAAACGAUCAUCCACCACCCCUGGAUCGACCUGAUCCCCAUCCCUUCUUUUCGUAAUGCUCUUCUAUCGAAGAUGGAAAGCUACGACGAAGAAGACAUGUGUAGGGACUUUUAUGGGACUCCGUCCGAGGAAGGCGGCCUUGUUGUCUGGGGCGAGUCGUGGGAUCCGCGGGCUUAUGAGAUUUCAGAGCGCGUGGCGAGGAAGUUUGGGUGGAUUUUCCGCGAGUGUCCUGAGAUUCUGCAGUCUACAAAUUACUGGAGGGAGAGACGAGAAGAGAGGCCAUUGAUAGUUGAGGAAGUGGAGUGA